UACAUUGCAGCAACAUGACAUCUUCGUUGUUGUUGUUGCUGUUGUUGUUGAGAGAGAAGGAAACACUGAACAAAGAGAAGAAUAGAAAUUUAGUCAGUCAGGCUACCCAACAAAGUGUUUUCCUUUUAGCAAAGAAAAAACCCUCCUUAGAUUCUUCUCCUUCUUUUCUAACUUCAUAUUCUCCUCCUUUCUCUAUCUUGCUCUCUUUGUAGAAUCUCACAGUGUCAACUUGCGGCAAGAAUCUUUCUUUCAUGUACUGGUGUUAAGCAUAUUUUUGAGGUUUGGUCACACAUUGUGUUGUUAUCUCUGAACCUAAUCUAGCAGAAAUGACGAAGAUAAGUCCCGAAAUUGAGGAAAAUAUGAAGGGAGAAGUAGUUUUUCCUGUUUCAGCUGAUGUGAGCUUUGCUUCUGAUGGAUUUCCAAAAUAUAAAUUAGGACCUGAUAAUCAGAUUUUGGAAGAGCCAAAAGAGGACAACAAGGGUCCAUCUUUAAAGGAGGUUGUCGAACAGGAAACCACGCAGCUGUCAGAUCAACACAAGCGACUCUCAGUUCGUGACCUUGCUUGUAAAUUCGACAAGAACUUGACUGCUGCAGCAAAGUUGGCCGAAGAGGCAAAGCUUAGAGAGGUGGCUUCUUUGGAAGGACAUGUUCUUUUAAAGAAGCUUAGAGAUGCCUUGGAAUCUUUAAGAGGUCGUAUGGCAGGGCGAAACAAGGAAGAUGUGGAGAAAGCCAUCUCUAUGGUGGAGGCAUUAGCAGUUAAACUGACUCAAAAAGAAGGAGAAUUAAUUCAAGAAAAAUUUGAAGUGAAAAAGUUGGCUAACUUUCUUAAACAGGCUUCUGAAGAUGCUAAAAAGUUAGUGAACCAAGAGAAAUCUUUUGCUUGUGCUGAAAUUGAAAGUGCCAGAGCAGUUGUGCAAAGGAUUGGAGAGGCCCUGGAUGAAGAAGAAAGGGACGCUCAAAAUUCAAAAAACCAGGCUGCUGAUGUGGAGGAACUAGUCGAGGAGGUUCAAGAGGCUAGACGAAUUAAAUUAUUGCAUCAGCCAAGCAAGGUUAUAGACAUGGAGCAUGAGCUUCGUGCUCUACGAAAUCAAAUUCGGGAGAAAUCUCUAGUUUCAGUUAAACUUCAGAAAGAGCUGGCAAAGAGCAAGAGAGCUGAGCAAAAUAAAUCUGCUCCAUAUGUCCUAGAUGGUUCUGAAACUCUAGGUUCAUCUCUACAACUCAAGCCUCGUUCAGAUAGUUCUCCACCCCUUUCCAAGUGUUCAGUUCAGUGGUACCGUGUAUCAUCUGAAGACAGCCAAAAUGAAGUUAUUUCAGGUGCCAAUAAAACUUUUUAUGCUCCUGAACCCUUUGAUGUUGGCCGAGUAUUGCAAGUAGACAUUGUUUCAAAUGGCCAGAAAGUCAUCGUGACAACUUCCGGUCCCAUUGAACCUGCUGCAGGAUUGGCAACCCGUGUAGAGAAUCUUUUGAGAAAAUCUAGCUGUGAAUUCAGCGUGGUUAUUUCCCAGAUGAAUGGACAAGAUCAUCCAUCACAUUCUGUUCAUGUGUUUAAUGUGGGAAAGAUGAGGCUAAAGCUUUGCAGAGGGUGGAUUACAAAGGCUAGAGAAAUUUAUUCAGCAUCAAUGCAGUUGUGUGGAGUUAGAACCAAUGCCAACACUGCUGCAAGGUCCUUGUUUUGGCAACCAAGGAAGGGCCUUUCAUUUGUAUUAACAUUUGAAUCAGAGCGAGACAGGAAUGCAGCGAUAAUGCUUGCCCGGAAAUACGCUUAUGAUUGCAACGGGGUCAUACUUGCAGGACCAGAAGAUCAAGUAUAGAAGGAAAUGUAACUGACCAAGUUUUUUUCUUAACAAGAUGUGAGUUUAUUCAGGUUGCCAUAGCUUGAGUGAUUGUAUGUGUGUGUUUGCCAUGGCGAAGAAGAAUACACCUUUCUGAUUGUAUUUGGGCUUCUACUAAUCUGGUUGCUGUCGUUUUAGGCAUAGUUUUUUAUUUGCCUAAUCGUCUGUUGUAACAAAUUCACCAUUUUUUAUUGUUUGCUUCGUUACUCUGUGCA